AUGGAGAAACCUGCCAAACACUUCCUCAGCCAGGUGACCAACAUCAAGGUUAACAGUGUAAGUCGUGUUCGUGAGAUGUGGAAUCUCUUAGAAUUAUAUCAUCAGUUAAGAAACAUUCAAGAAGGAGCACUGGGAAAAAAUGCAAGAAUAAUUAAAUAUCUGGUGGAGAAGGGCGUGUUGACAACGGAGAAGCAGGACUUGCUACUUUUUGACAUGACCACACAUCAUCCCCUCACCAACAACAAUAUUAAGCAGCGCCUCAUCAAGAAGGUUCAGGAAGCUGUUCUUGACAAAUGGGUGAAUGACCCUCAUCACAUGGAGAAGAGCUUGCUGGCCCUCAUUUACCUAGCUCACGCCUCCAACGUCCUAGAGAAUGCCUUCGCUCCCCUUCUGGACGAGCAGUACGAUUUAGCCACCAAGAGAGUGUGGCAGCUCCUAGACUUAGAUCCUGAAGUGGAAUGUCGGAAGGCCAACCCCAGUGAGGUUCCGUGGGCAGUGGUGGCCACGUUCACCCAGUGA